AUGGCAGAUGUCCGGAAUACGUCACGGAAGCUAAAGCGGACGUCAAACGCAUGUAUCGCGUGUCGUACCAGCAAAAUUAAAUGCACCGGUGAAGAGCCAUGCGCCAACUGUUAUCCAAUGUUAGAACAUGCGACAUAUAAAACUGACAAUCGGGCCGUGAGGAUGGAUAGAUAUCUCCGAGAACUGCAAAAUAGAGCUCGCAAACGCCAAGGGCAGGAUACGGAGAUCCAGCCGGACCGACAGUCGAUUAAGCGGACCUCAGCAUCGGCAUUCGGAUCGGAUGCAGAUAUUGAUGCAUCUCCGUCUGCAGAUAAUCUGACACAGCUGUUCACAGCAAGGACGAUAUGGACUAGCCCAUUCACGCUCCCAUCGCGAGUGAUAAAGAAGAACGAUAGCACCAAGCGAAACUGGAGUACGUCUGUCGUCGCCAAUACUGAUCCCUUCUUGGACCUAGCUAACACAGUGAAAAUACUAGCUUGGCUUGCCCCUACCUCAACUUGGUCGUUCACAGCGCGGUUGAAACUCAUGAUUGCAGAGAAGCUCCAGAUUGUAUCGCACUGCAGCGGACCAGAUCUAUUCGACGGUGACCUCUACCCAAUUCACUGGAACCCCCUUCCGGUGAAUGAGCACCCUAAUGUCAGCAACCUUCCUUCAAUGGACUACGCACUCUACCUGUUUAAUACCGUCAAAUUCCAUCUGGGACAUAACUUCCGUCUACUCGAUGAAGCCAACUUUUUACACCACAUCAAGGAGUUCUACCAUGGAGACGCAGCAAAGGAAGCAGGCAAGAAUCGGCUAUGGUUCGUUCAGUUUCUACUAGUUCUUGCAUUUGGGAACGCAUUCUUGUUGCCAGUGGGCUAUCGUUCAAGUAGCGACAAUAAAGAGCCACCCGGGGCUAAGUUCUUCGUGAGGGCUAUGAGUCUCAUGCCCGAUCCGACAACGUUAUCCCGCAGCGGAUUUGUGGCUAUUGAAGUGCUCGCAUUGACAGGGUUGUAUCUUUAUUGUAUCGAUCACCGGUCUUCAGCAUACUCUUAUGUAGGACACGCCAUCCGCAUUGCACAGAUGGACGGUAUGCAUACUCAACUGCCAGAAGAUGAGCUUGGAGCAGAAACUGUCGCCCGAUCGAGGGAUCUUUGGUGGACGCUACACGUUUUGGACCGUCACAUAUCGUCGUCAGUUGGUGCGUCCAUGACACUUCAGGAUAGCGAUAUCACCACCCUGCUUGAUCCACCCGGAACAACAACGCAGAGCAAUGCCACGCUUGGCCUUCUGGUGAGACUGUCGCAUCUUCUAUCAUAUAUUCUGUCAACUAUAUACAAAUGUAGUCAGACUCAGCUGGGGACGUUCCUCGAAACCACACGAUCAAUCUUACAAGUCCUUGCGAGUCAAGCCCAAGACAUCGAGAAUAUCAUGGAAGUGAAAUUCCAGAACUCAGUGGAUGCCAUGUCGAAGGGAACAAGACACUGCGUAAUAGUAGCUACGCGCCCACUGUUGCUAUCGGUGCUUAAAGAGCGAUUAGACCGACUCGGUCACGGACCGGAAGACUGGCAGAGCAUUGUGGCCCCGACCGAUGGUCUGAUCUCGGCAGGCAUCAAGUCGGCAAUCAAAACGCUGCAGAUACUGAAGGACGAAGACAAUCUACUCGACCUAGAUGUCUUCCUCCCCUUUGACAUGGAGUUCACCUACGGAGCAGCAAUGCACAUCGCCAUGGCCAAAGCUGUCUUUCCCAACGUCACCGAAGGCGAAAAUGAAAACUGCAUGAAUGAUAUUCACUCGAUCCUCGACCAAAUGAUCCAGCGUGGAAACAAGCUCGCAGCAGCGCGAAAGUCCGAACUUGUACAGCUUGAAAAGCUCUUCCAGGAAGUCGCAGAGCGCAUCGAACGGCGGGGACUUGAGACACUCACCCUGCCCACAUCUUUAGCGCCGGUGCCACCGCCCUCCGAGCUGGGCUCCGAAUUCAUGAUGGCAGGACGUGUCGAACGUCCUCAAGACUCGGCAGAUCUGGCAGCUUGUUCAGUGCCUUUGAACUCGGUACCAGGGUCCCCAUCUGUUCUGGCUCAAGCUUCUAGCCUCGGCUUUCUAGAUAGUAUUGGGAUUUCCUCGUACGAGUUCUUCUCGCUGGUAAACCAGAUUGGGCAGACGGAGGGGUGUAGUGUUCUAGAUGCAAGUGCACCACCAUGGGAUGGAUCCAUGUAG